AUGGCUUUUUUGUGUCCUUUGCUUGCAGAAGAUCUGGAUUGCAUCUAAACAUUCAUUUCCAAUAAUACGUACUCUUUUUUUUUUUUUUGUGUUUGUGCAUAGAACUGAUCUGGGAAAAUCAAGGAUAUGAGCUGUUAUACAGGUGGGCUACAAAGGGGGAGUACAAUUAUCAAGCCUCCAAUCAGGUAUUGGCUACCUGCAACACCAGCACUAUGCCCCUGCAACAGAUUUCUGUAGUCCCUGCAAGGGAAACCGCGGGCAAUGGAAGAAGUUCAAUGGGAAAAAAUAGAGAGAAGAACAAAGAAGUUGAGAAUGACAAGUCCCCGAGGCGCUCAGCAAGUCGAUCAAGCAACAUUUCAAAGGCAAGCAGUCCAACCACAGUUACAGCCCCAAGGAGCCACUCACAAACAUCUGUCUGUCCAUCUACUCAGGAUAUUUGUAGACCUUCGUUGCUUGAUGUUUCAGAAGAUGACUUUAACCAUACCACACCUGUCAUACCAAUUGCACCUUCUGGUAGGGAGCCUGGUAAAAAACAAGUAAAACGAAGGUUUAGACGUAAAAGAGCGAGUUGCUCCACCUGUGCCCAAACAUCAAAGCAAAGAAGUAUACAAGCUAUUGAUGUAACACGGAAACUAGAUGUGGUAGACACUGACUCAUCAGAUGAAACACAAUGGGCUACAAGAGUUAGACCAAAUGAAAAUCUGCAUCCCCAUAAACAAGGAAGAAAACGGGACAAAUCACAUGAUGGUUCUUCUGACUCUAAUGCCAUUGAAAUGGUUCCUCUAAGUUCCAAAGCCUCACAAGCACAAAAGCUUAAUCAACAUCAUCCUCAUCCCCAUCAUCAUCAUCAUCAUCAACAGCAGCAGCAAAUCAGUAAUCUUCCUAGCAAUUCAUCCUACUACAGAAGGAGAAAACCAUCAAAGGUCAAAGAGUCCAGCCCUACAUCAUCUGGAUCUUCACCUGAAACAAAGCGACAUCCUAACAGAAGAGUGAAAAGAAGAGUAAAACCUUGUGCUGAUGCUCAGAAGUGUCAAUGCAACAUUACAAAAGAGAAAGUUAUUAAGAAAAAUGUAAGGGAGGAAGGUGCUGGUGUAGAGACCUUGGCGCCAGUUCCUGCUGGCCAGUAUGAGAGUACUGCUUCACCUGUUAACUGUGAUGAUUGGGGUGAUGAUUUAGAAGCCUGCAGAAUUUGCCAUUGUGAGGGAGAUGAUGAAAAUCCCCUAAUUACACCAUGUCACUGUACAGGAACAUUGAGAUUUGUACAUCAAGCCUGCCUACAUCAGUGGAUUAAAAGCUCAGACACGCGUUGCUGUGAACUUUGCAAGUAUGAUUUUGUAAUGGAAACGAAACUCAAACCUUUGAGGAAGUGGGAAAAGCUGCAGAUGACCAAAAGUGAAAGGAGGAAAAUAUUCUGUUCUGUAACUUUUCACAUAAUUGCCAUUACUUGCGUAGUAUGGUCUUUAUAUGUGCUUAUUGACCGGACAGCAGAAGAAAUCAGGCAAGGGAAUGACAAUGGUGUCCUGGAAUGGCCAUUUUGGACAAAGUUAGUGGUUGUGGCUAUUGGAUUUACAGGUGGCUUAGUUUUUAUGUAUGUUCAGUGUAAAGUCUACAUACAGUUGUGGAGAAGAUUGAAGGCUUACAAUCGAGUCAUAUUUGUUCAGAACUGUCCUGACACCACAAAGAAGCUUGAAACUAAGAACUAUGUAAAUAAUCAGAACACUGAACUCAAGGAUUCUGUAUCUGUUCCAGUUUCACAGACAUCUACUAAUCUUCAAUCAUGUUCCAAUGCAAGUGUACCCGGAGUCAUGCCUGUUUGA